AUGCACCCACGGAGAAACCAGCGAUCUCAAAGGAGAGGAUGGGGGAACUCCAACUCUGCUCACCUCAUUCAGGCCAAUCAAGACCAUCCUUACGCGCCGACGACCAACGUGCCCAUUACACAGUCGCCAUCACUAGUUCCGGUGUCCCCUUUGUUACCCGGUUACUCAAACGCGGUCACCCCUAUGACGCCCAUCAGAUAUAAUCCUUAUCCGCCCGGCUAUGCUCCUCGGGAGCCCUCUCGAUCCCCGGGAGACAAGAGCUUUUCAGAGCCGCUUUUUUCGGACGGCGAUUACUCGUUGCUUCCAGUUACUCAGCCAGAGCCAGCCCUACCGAACCGUCCACCCUUUAUUUUGAAUGCACAUGCGUCUCCACACGCCAUGGUCCAGCUCUCGCAGUCUCCCAAUCGCGGUAUACGUGAUUGGCUUCAGGACCAACCCAGCCCCAGCGGAUGGCAGCAUCACCCGGGUCCCAACUCCCCGAGUCCCGGGAGGCGUACCUCUCCCGUGCUCAUUCCUUCGAAGCCGUAUGACAGUUCCACCCAAGAAGACCAUGGAUACGGCAGUUCUGGGUCUGACGAGCUUCGGUGUCAUCGAUGCUUUGAGAAAUACCGGAAGGACAAGCCGAAGGGCCAAUCAUCGGGAUCCUCGAUAUGGACCUGGUUCUUCUGGGGGCGGAUUAAUGGGCCUCUAAAGGUGACGCCUCGAAAGACCCGGAGAGACUACCUAUGGGCCAUCUAUCAAGAUGAACGAGUGGUGCUAUAG